AUGUCUGGUGGCGGCAAAGGAGGCAAAGUCAAGGGAAAGUCAAAGUCCCGCAGCAACAGAGCUGGCAUUCAGUUUCCCUUGGGAUGUAUCCACCGUCUGUUGCGCAAGGGCAACUAUGCUGAACGCGUAGGAGCCGGAGCUCCAGUCUACCUGGCUGCAGGCAUGGAGUACUUGGCUGCUGAGGUCCUCGAGUUGGCUGGCAAUGCUGCCCGUGAUAACAAGAAGACCAGGGUCAUCCCCCAUCAGUUACAACUGGCCAUUCGCAACGACGAAGAACUCAACAAGUUGCUGUCUGGCGUGACCAUUGCCCAGGGAUGUGUCCUGCCUAACAUCCAGGCAGUUCUCUUGCCCAAGAAGACCGAGAAGAAGUAA